AUGCCACCGGAGCAUGCAAAGGCGGGGGAUGUCGCGUCUGCCAAGGGCGCCACAACACCAAGCUCCACCAAGAUGCUGCGCUUCAGGACGAGGCCAACAAAUCUUGACGAUCAAGACGACCCGUACACCCAGAAUCACGUCGACAAGCGACCCGUUCACUGCCGAAUACUGGUCGACACCUGCUCCAACGCCAAUUUCAUCACGGAAGAUCUCGCGAACAAAUUGCGUUUGCCAUCGACGCGGGCACCCGUCGCAGUUCAGGGACUCAACCAGGUGAGCACCGUGGCAAACAAGUUGGUUUCGACUACCACUAAAUCCAGGGUAUCGAACUACCAACGGAGGCUUACUUUCUUCACCAUCCCUCAAAUAUCGGAACGAACGCCAGAUACACUGAUGGACCGGUCGAAGUUCAAAAUACCGUCCAACAUUAGAUUAGCAGAUCCACAGUUCCAUCAACCGGGAAAAGUCGAUAUGUUGAUAGGUACCGGUCCAGCGUUAUCGUGCCUCAGCAUCGGCCAAUUCGAUCUUUCCGACCACAGCGGCCGAGACUUGAUACUUCAGAAGACGCAACUAGGUUGGAUCAUCGGAGGGAACAUGCCAGCCACGACCACGCGUACGACCGUUAAGGCACUUCUUGCGAACCUGGACAUCAGCCUACAACGGUUCUGGGAGGUGGAAGAAGGACCUCGCGAUCAGCAUCUCUCAGCCGAAGAACGAGAGUGCGAAGAUCAUUUUGCAAAAACCGUGCGACGUGAUAAAUCCGGACGAUACACGGUUGCGUUACCAUUCAAUGAAAAGAAAGACAACUUAGGGGAAUCUCAGUCGCGAGCUCUAAACCGUCUCUUUUCUCUCGAGCGAAAAUUGGAACGCAACCCGGAAUUAAAGGAGCAAUACAUCGCGGUAUUAGACGAAUAUAUUACGCUGGGACAUAUGACGCAGGUAGAUAAGUUCGAUGCGCCUGGCUUCUACCUGCCGCAUCAUGCCGUUGUAAAACCUUCGAGCACUACGGCAAAGGUUCGCGUUGUUUUCGACGGUUCGGCGAAGACCAACACAGGUGUAUCGUUAAACGACACGCUAAGGAUAGGUCCGACUAUUCAAGACGAUCUGUUCUCACUUCUGUUGCGAUUUCGAACGUACGCAUUCGUAAUUACCGGGGACAUCGAAAAAAUGUAUCGACAAUUCCUCGUACGACCAGAGGACCGAGCGUACCAACCUAUCUUAUGGAGAGACAAGGAUGGCCGCGUAAAAACGUACGAACUAAACGUGGUCACAUUCGGUCUCUCGUCGGCUCCAUUUUUGGCGAUCCGAUGCGUGCAUCAACUCGCAAACGACGAACGCAACGCGUAUCCGAAAGCGACAACGAUUCUAAAGCGAGAUCUGUACGUAAACGACCUUCUCACGGGCGCCAAUACGGUACACGAAGCGAAGCGCUUACAAACGAAAAUUAGUGAACUGCUUAAGAAAGAAGGACUCAACAUCCGUCAAUGGGCCUCCAAUGAACCCGACCUUCUCGAGGGAUUGAGCGAAGAGCAGAUUCAUCCGAAAAUUCUAGGAGACGCCGCCGUGAUGAAGACUUUGGGAGUAACGUGGGACGCGAAGAACGACACAAUUCGCUACACGGUCUAA